UAUCUGGUUCCUGUUUUACGGGGCCUGAAGUACUCACAAAGGACCACGACAACCCGCCGCCAGUAGAGGCGGUAACGAGAAACCAGGACAGAUUUUCUGUACCGAAGAAGGUGCUCUCCUGGUUUGUGAACAUUUCCGUUCGCUAACCAACAGUUCACAGAGCCACAACCAUGGAGGAGGCAAAAAACAAAGAGAAUAAGCAGCCCGAAAAGACUGAUGAGAAAGACAAGGACAAGGAGAAGGCCCAGCAACCCUCGGGGAAGGACAAAGACAAGAAAGAGGAGCAAGAAUUGUCAGAAGAAGAUAAGCAAUUACAAGAGGAUUUGGAGAUGAUGGUGGAGAGACUGAGUGAGAAGAACACAGCACUGUAUCGUCCUGCAUUAGAAGAACUGCGCAGACAGAUUCGCUCCUCAACCACCUCCAUGACCUCAGUACCUAAACCCCUGAAAUUCCUGCGCCCUCACUAUGGCAAGCUCAAAGAAAUCUAUGAGGGCAUGGCCCCUGGAGAGAACAAGCGCUUCUGUGCUGAUGUCGUAUCAGUGCUUGCUAUGACCAUGAGCGGUGAGAGGGAGUGUUUGAAAUACCGCCUGGUGGGCUCCCAGGAAGAGCUGGCCUCCUGGGGACAUGAAUACGUCAGACACCUUGCAGGUGAGGUGGCUAAAGAGUGGCAAGAGGUAGAGGAGAAUGAUAAGACCCAGCAGGAAACUCUUUUGAAACUAGUGAAGGAGAUUGUGCCCUACAACAUGGCCCACAAUGCUGAGCACGAGGCAUGUGACCUGCUGAUGGAGAUUGAGAGGCUGGACAUGCUGGAGGACUAUAUUGAUGAAAACGCAUACGGCAAAGUCUGCCUCUACCUCACCAGUUGUGUGAGUUAUGUUCCUGAGCCAGAGAACUCAGCACUGCUGAGAUGCGCCUUGAACAUCUUCAGGAAGUUCAACUGUUAUCCAGAAGCCCUGCGCUUGGCCCUGAUGCUCAAUGAUGUGGAGCUUGUCGAAAACAUCUUCACAUCCUGCAAAGACAUAGUCAUCCAGAAACAGAUGGCAUUCAUGUUGGGUCGUCAUGGCAUGUUCCUGGAGCUUAAUGAGGAUGUAGAGGACUACGAAGACUUGACUGAGAUCAUGUCAAAUGUGCAGCUCAACAGCAACUUCUUGGCCCUGGCUAGAGAGUUGGAUAUCAUGGAGCCCAAAGUACCAGAUGACAUCUACAAAACGCACCUGGAAAACAACAGGUUUGGAGGCAGUGGCUCCCAAGUGGACUCGGCCCGGAUGAACUUGGCUUCUUCUUUUGUGAACGGCUUUGUGAACGCAGCUUUUGGUCAAGAUAAACUCCUCACAGAUGAUGGCAACAAGUGGCUGUACAAGAACAAGGACCACGGCAUGUUGAGCGCUGCAGCUUCCUUGGGUAUGAUCCUGCUGUGGGAUGUGGAUGGUGGUCUGACGCAGAUUGACAAAUACCUCUACUCUUCUGAAGACUACAUCAAGUCUGGUGCCCUUCUGGCCUGUGGCAUUGUAAACUCAGGUGUAAGGAAUGAGUGUGACCCAGCUCUUGCCCUGCUGUCUGACUACGUCCUCCACAACAGCAACAUCAUGAGGAUAGGAGCCAUUUUUGGACUGGGUCUUGCCUAUGCUGGCUCCAACAGAGAAGAUGUCCUGUCUCUCCUUCUCCCCGUCAUGGGAGACUCUAAAUCCAGCAUGGAGGUGGUUGGUGUGACGGCGCUGGCAUGUGGUAUGAUCGCAGUAGGAACUUGUAACGGUGAUGUGACCUCCACCAUUGUCCAGACCAUCAUGGAGAAGAAUGAACAGGAGUUGAAGGACACAUACGCUCGCUGGCUGCCUUUGGGCUUGGGACUCAACCACCUGGGGAAAGGAGAGGCAAUUGAGACAACUCUGGCAGCUCUGCAGGUUGUCCCUGAACCUUUCCGCAGUUUUGCCAACACGCUAGUGGAUAUUUGUGCAUAUGCAGGAUCUGGUAAUGUGCUAAAGGUGCAGCAGCUUCUCCACAUCUGUAGUGAGCAUUAUGAAGCCAAGGAGAAGGAAAAAGAGGAGGACAAAGAUAAGAAGGACAAGAAGGACAAAGACAAGAAGGAGACUGCUGCUGACAUGGGCUCCCACCAAGGUGUGGCUGUUCUUGGUAUUGCCCUUAUUGCCAUGGGAGAGGAGAUUGGCUCAGAGAUGGCGCUGCGAACAUUUGGACACCUGCUGCGUUACGGUGAGCCCACCCUGAGGCGAGCGGUGCCCCUGGCCCUGGCCCUCAUUUCUGUGUCUAACCCGCGUCUGAACAUCUUGGACACCCUCAGCAAGUUUUCCCAUGAUGCUGACCCCGAGGUCUCCCACAACUCCAUCUUUGCCAUGGGCAUGGUGGGCAGUGGCACAAAUAAUGCCCGACUGGCAGCCAUGCUGCGGCAGCUGGCACAAUAUCACGCCAAAGAUCCCAAUAAUCUCUUCAUGGUCCGACUGGCUCAGGGUCUGACUCACCUGGGCAAAGGCACACUCACACUCUGUCCCUACCAUAGCGACAGGCAGCUGAUGAGUCAGGUUGCCGUGGCGGGACUGCUCACUGUGCUCGUCUCCUUCCUCGACGUCAAGAACAUAAUCCUGGGGAAAUCUCACUACAUUCUCUAUGGCCUGGUAGCAGCCAUGCAGCCACGUAUGUUGGUCACAUUCGAUGAGGAGCUCCGACCGCUGCCUGUGUCUGUUAGAGUUGGACAGGCUGUGGAUGUUGUGGGCCAGGCAGGUAAGCCUAAGGCCAUCACAGGUUUCCAGACUCACACCACGCCAGUGUUGCUGGCUCAUGGAGAAAGGGCAGAACUGGCCACAGAGGAGUACCUGCCCGUCACGCCCAUCCUGGAGGGCUUUGUCAUCCUCCGCAAGAACCCUAACUAUGAAACCUAGACUGCACCCGUCCUCACAGGCCUUUUCUCGUGUUUAUAAGGGUAGCCCUCCAUGGCUCUUGGCAGUUGUUAUAAUUAGUUGUUCAUUGCAUGGCUGGAAAAGGGCUAGACAGGCCUGUCUUUCUUCAUCUGUCGUCUGCAGCCCAGUUCUAGCAGUCAUUAAAAAUGGAUGGAUAGGGUCUGGUUAAUUGGACUGGUAUGACACAGGGAGGGCAUACUGGGACCUCAUCCUCUCUACAUAAAGAUGGUUUCCUCAUUGCUCCAAUUUUGAUCCAUCUCUCCCACAUGUACUGAACCAGCUGUUUGACUGACCUGAGGCCAGUUUAUAAAGUGGGACCUGUUCAACAUCAGCAAAUGAAUGACUAAAAUCCUGCAAAAUCCUCAUCAGUGCUUCACAUGUGUUUCCCCCUCCAACUAUUAAAUUCAUUUGUAAUAAAAGCAUUUAAAAGUGUGUAUUCAGCAUCACGAUUUUCUUUUUGGUUUUUGUUACAGUACUGUACAAGGUUGAAUCAGUAAUAAAAAUGUCGACCAGUUUCUGGAAA